AUGAACAAUAGGAUUCUAUGUUUAAUGAUACCAUUAACAGUCAUAAUAUGGAGAAUGAAUUCCAAUGAAAAAUUUUCGGUUUAUAAUUUAUCAAAAUUCUCUGUAAGAGAUGAUAAUUCACAAGAAUUCAUUGAUUCCUCUUUGGAUAGUGGAAAUAUUACCACAAAUGAAUCAGUUUUACCCAAACAAAAGAAGAAAACAUUUUCGAAUAUAGCAUCACAUCAUACACGUGCACAUUCAUACGAUAUAACACCUAUACAACGAUUAGAUGCAAAAGAAACAACAAAUAGUUCACUAUCAGCACAAUUAUUUCGAUCGAAACAACAGCAAGCUAAUGAUAAUAAUGAACAACAACAACAACAACAACAACAAUCAAAAAGUCUAUAUCAAUCUCAUCAUCGUCACACGGCAUCUUAUGCAUCAGAUAUUACAUCAUCUUACUCAAAUUCGAACUUAAAUAAGUGUCAUCAUUCAUCUUCACAAGAAAAUCUUAGACGUUUAGGAACAUCAUCAUCACAGAAUACCCUUUUUACUCCAAAAAAACCAAAAACAUCGUGUUAUUUAUCAUCAUCUAGCUCAACUGCUCCAUCAAUUUCUACAUCAUCGUCGAUGAUAACCGAAUCAUCAAAUAUUCUAAAUCGUUUUAAUAUUCAUAAUGCAAAAUUAAUUGCAUUAUUAUUUUUUUUUUGUUUCUUAUUUUAUCACGGAUUUUUACGUUAUAUUAACGGCGUAACAUCAUGUCAUCGAUUACUAUACGAAGGACGUAUUGAACGUUAUCAUGUUUGGCAACCAACUGGUUGUAUGAUGCACUGGUAUGAUUCACUAGAUUUUAAUCAAUGUAGAAGAUUAAUAUCAUCAUCUUCAUCGACAAUUGAUUCAACAAUAAUAUCUACAAAAAAAUCAUUUAAUAAUCGUUUAGAUCCUGUUGAAUGGUUACGUACACGAAAACAAGAACAACAAAAAAAAUAUUUACAAUCACAAUCUCCAUUAUCUGCCUCAUUAUUAUCAAAUGAAUUUCGUUAUACGUUUGUUGGUGAUGAACGUUUGUAUAUGAUUUAUCGUACAUUUUUAAAUACAAUUAAAUAUCGUCCAAAUAUCAAACGUUCAUCUUCAAGUUUAAGUUCUUCUCCAUCAUCGUUACACCAACAAAAAGGUAUUCCAUCUAUAAAUGACUAUUAUAAAUAUUCAUUUAAUAUAAAUAAAAAUAUGUAUGCAAUGAAACAUGAUCGAAAUUCGACAUAUACAAAUGAAAAUUUUAAUAUUCAAUAUUAUACAAUGAAUGAUUUUAAUGAAAGUUUUUACAAUUUAUUAUCGUCAUGGAAUACAACAACAAAAACCAACAGACCGCAUAUACUUGUCAUUAGUCUGGGAUUAUAUAUGGGAUUAAUAAUGAAUGGUAGUAAACAAGCUAUUGAAACAUAUGAAAAACAUUUAACGCAAAUAAAAACAUUUUUAUUAAAUAAUCUCAGUUCGGCUAUGACAAUUAUAUGGUUGGGACAACCUCAUUUGAAUAUAAACGAAGAUUUAUUUGUUGUUAACGAUGAUAAACAAAAUCCGUAUCUCUAUGAAUUCAUUCAUAAAAUAAAUUCUUACUUAGAUAAUAUUAAUCAUAUUACUAAAGAUAUAUUUCAUAAAACAAAUAUAUUCUAUUGGCAUUCAUCAACUCUACUACAACAAACAACAUUUUCAUCCUCGUCUUAUCCACAAAAUUUUAUCUAUGAUGAUGAUACGGACGAAAAUCCACGACAAAAUGAUGAAACAACUUCAACAUUAACGCCUGCAGAAAGUACAGCGGUCAAUAUCGAACAGAAUGGUGAUGAUCUUUUUACAAAUGAUGAAAUUACAUUUUAUUCCUAUCUGAAGUUGAAAAAUAAUCGUACGGUAUUAACAACGGCAAUGAUAAAUUCUGGACAUAUCUAUGAAUUUUAUAAAUUAACAUCAUUUUCUCGUCACACAUGCGUUCAGAUAUUAUUAAAUUUAUUGUGUAAUCAACGAUUAUUACCAGAUGAUGGAACUUGUUGUGCUCAAGUGCCACCAUUGACACGUUUACAAUUUUUAAUGAGUUUAUUGUUAGGAUUAUUGAUUACAUUAUUUAUCAUCUAUAUUGUUUACAGAAUACGUGCAACAUUUUUAUUCAGACGAAAAAAGAAUUUGUUAUCGCCAACAACAGCAGCAUCAACAGCAUCAACAACGGUCGUUAUUGAUAAUCAAGAACAAACAUCUCUUAAAAUGAGUAAUGGUCAUAUACUGAACAAUGAUGGACCAUGUUUAUUAAAUGGUCGUUAUUCUGAAAUGGACAAUCAUCAAGUAUCUUCAACAAUGAAUGGAAACGUAUUUAGUCAACAACGAUCUCAGAACUAUGGUGUCACAUCUGUGCCUCAUAGUGCACCGAUCUUACCAACUACAAUCAGUCGUUAUCGCUUUUUUAUACCAAAAUUUCUAAGAACUUUACGCAAAAAAUCACAACAACAUUUAUUACCACCUUUAUUGUUAACCACGUCAAUUGCAACGCAACAAUCAACAUCCAAUUCAUCGUCUUCCUCUUCAUCUCUCUAUCCAUCGCGUUUUUAUAAGAAGAAAAAUUCUCUAUUUCAUUUUCCUUUAACCGACCCUUAUGUCUUACGUACAAUCACCAAAUAUUCAUUUAUAUUGCUCUAUUUUUAUUUAUCAGAUCGUACCGAUUUUUGGAUGAAAGAAAAUCUUCAUUUUACACGUGUCGCAUUUUUUCUACCAUUAACAUAUAUUGGUGUAUUGGGUAUUUUCUUUCAUGAUAAACUACAACAAUUAUCACCAUUAUCAUCACCAUUAUCUUCGUCAAGUGCAUCACCUUCACAUACUCCUACAAGUGGUAGUCCACCAGUAUCAUUCUCCACAGAACCGACAACAAAUCAUGAUAAUGAUACAACGAAUGAUAUUGAGAUGGGAAGUGAUGAUGAUACAAUGACAACAAAAUUAUUGAUAUCACAACAAUCUUCAUCAAACACCGAUGAUUUAUUCAAUUAUAUUCUAAAUAGUGAACAAAUUGAUGAAUGGAAAGGUUGGAUGCAAAUUGUUAUAUUAGCUUAUCAAAUGACAGAUGCAUCAGGAAAAUCUAUUGUCUUGGCAAUGUUUGUACAAUUAUUAAUUAGUUCCUAUUUAUUUUUGGCUGGUUAUAGUCAUUUUGUUUAUUAUUGGAAAACAGGAAAUUAUAAUUGUUUAAACUUUUUACAAAUGUUAUUUAGAUAUAAUUUUUUAACAAUUAGUCUAUGUUUAAUAAUGAAUCGAAAUUACCAAUCAUACUAUUAUCCACCAUUAAUAUCAUUUUACUUUGCUGUAGUUUAUUUUGCAAUGGCUAUUUUACCACCAAGAAUAAAUAUGUCCACAAUUAAAGAUAAACCAAUGCAUCUAGUGUAUUUAUUUUUUAAAUUUAUCUUACUAGGCACGUUAUUGACCACGUUAUCAUUAUCUGAAUUUUUAUUUGAAAAAAUCUUUGCCUUUAAAUUAUGGAAUAAUCUAUUUACAACAUCAACAAUAACAUCGUCAUUAGCUGCCUAUGCUCAACAAUUACAUAAAUCUGAUUUAACCCAUAAUGGUUUAAAUCAAUUAAAAACAUUGUUAACACAUGAUGUAAAUGAAAAAUUGAACGAUGGUGAAAAAUCAUUAUUAGAUUAUCUAGCCAAUUCAGGAUGUGGUAUUGUGGGUCCCGUUACUCUAUCCGGAAUAACAUUAGACGAUAUAACGCAUACUUAUUUUCAUAAUAGUACAAGUAACAACAUUUAUUAUGAUCGAAAUGGAACAAUUAAUGACUGGUAUCAUCGAUGGAAUCUAGAUCGUUAUACAAUAUUGUAUGGAAUGUGUUUUGCUUAUCUUUUGAUUAUAAUUCAAAAUUUUGAUAUGUAUAAAACAUUUGGUGGUUUCAUUUUAAUGAAGAAAAAACAAUAUCAACAAUAUCGAACAAAUCAUUAUGUAACAUUAUUGUGUACAAUAGGUUUAAUUGGUUUAGUUGUCUACAUUGUUGUUCUAUUUCUAUGUUCAAACAAAGCAGUUUGUGAUGAAAUACAUCCUUAUAUAAUUGUAUUACCGAUCUUUUCCUAUAUCAUAUUACGAAAUGUACCAGUUUUUUUAAGAAAACAUUACUCACCAUUUUUCUCAUGGUUUGGUCGUAUAUCAUUAGAACUUUUUGUUGCUCAAUAUCAUAUAUGGUUAGUAGCUAAUGGUCAUGGUGCAUUGACAAUUAUACCGCGUAUGCCAACACUCAAUUUAAUUUUAACAACAUUUAUAUUUAUCUGUAUAGCACAUGAAUUACACAUUAUAACGAAUGUUUUAACACCCGUUUUCAUACCAAAUGAUUAUAAAUGUUUUGCACGUAAUUGUUUUGUAUACAUCGUUAUUAUCAUAUUUUCAUCUUACAUGUUUUCAUCAAUUUGA